UAAUCUGGUAUUGAAAGCUAGCAAGCUAAUUGACAAGGCUAACCUAACUGUCUUAUCGUAAGAAGAUUAUCGACACGACUGAAAACAUUUGCAAAGUCUGAAGCCAUGGCGUCUGUGCUUGAUGCUUUGUGGGAAGAUCGAGAUGUCAGAUUCGAUAUAACUGCACAGCAAAUGAAAACCCGCCCAGGUGAAGUCUUGAUAGACUGUCUUGAUUCAAUUGAGGAUACCAAAGGGAACAAUGGUGAUAGAGUGUUCACUACUUUAUUUGCAGGAAGACUCCUGGUAACUAAUUUAAGGAUCAUCUGGCAUUCUCUGGCUUUGCCAAGAGUAAAUUUAUCUGUUGGAUACAAUUCCAUCAUUAACAUCACUACGAGGACAGCAAACUCUAAACUUAGAGGCCAGACGGAAGCACUGUACAUCUUGACCAAGUCAAACAACACAAGAUUUGAGUUCAUUUUUACCAAUGUGGUUCCAGGCAGUCCGAGGCUGUUCACCUCCGUCAUCGCUGUACACAGAGCUUAUGAGACUUCUAAAAUGUACCGUGACCUGAAACUGAGAGGAGCUCUCAUUCAAAACAAACAGCUAAGACUACUACCUCAAGAACAAGUUUAUGACAAAAUUAAUGGAGUCUGGAAUCUAUCCAGUGACCAGGGAAAUCUGGGAACCUUUUUCAUUACCAAUGUUCGGAUUGUCUGGCAUGCCAACAUGAACGAGAGCUUCAAUGUCAGCAUUCCCUAUCUUCAGAUCCGUUCCAUCAGAAUAAGAGACUCCAAGUUUGGUUUAGCGUUGGUGAUAGAGAGCUCUCAGCAGACUGGGGGAUAUGUGCUAGGAUUCAAGAUUGACCCAAUGGAUAAGCUUCAGGAUGCUGUUAAGGAGAUUAACUCGCUGCAUAAAGUGUACUCUGCCAAUCCCAUCUUUGGGGUGGACUAUGAAAUGGAGGAAAAGCCGCAGCCGCUGGACGAGCUGACUGUAGAACAGCUUCCUGAUGAUGUGGAGAUUGAGCCUGAUGAGCAGACGGAUGCCUUCACUGCUUACUUUGCGGAUGGAAAUAAGCAACAAGAUAGAGAGCCGGUGUUCUCAGAGGAGUUUGGCAUCGCCAUCGAGAAGCUGAAGGAGGGAUUCACCCUUCAGGGACUGUGGGAGGUGAUGAGCUGAAAGAAGAUCAAGCACAGCUUUUUCACAUGAGAUUGCCGUACAGUUGUGAUCAGUGAUGUCGUGAAUGUGUAAAUGUAUGUACAAAUAUCAGGUAUUUCACGCCAUAGUUGUAUGUCUAACUUGAGUUUUAUUUUAAAUAUAACAUUCUAGCUACUGUUGGUGUAAAGAUAUUUGGUGAAAUAAUGCUGUAAUCAGGAACUUGAGAUGUGAAAUACAAAGUGUAUGUUUUGUACAUAAAACUUUAUUUGUAAAUGAAUAGAAUUAAUAAAACCAUGCUAUUUUUCAGUUUAUCUGAAGAGUUAAAGA